ACUGGAAAUACAGGCAUGAGUACUCUCAUUUCUGGUUUGUGUGAGGUAUAAAUACGUGGCGUCGGAUAAACUGUUUUUAGUACACAAAGUGUAGUUCGCGUUGUGGAAUUAAGAGUUUUGUAAUGUCUAAAAUCUGUUAAAUGUCAUUUGCUAAUAUAAUAUGGCUCCUACAAUUCAAACUAAUGGUAAUACAGCUGAACGAGAUAAACGUACGACUAGACCAGCAGAGAAAAGAUCUGAGUUAAUAUGUAGAGUUAAAUAUUGCAAUACAUUGCCUGAUAUACCAUUUGAUCCUAAAUUUAUUACAUAUCCUUUUGCAUCUACUCGGUUUAUUCAAUAUAAUCCAACUUCACUCGAACGUAAUUAUAAAUAUGAAGUAUUGACAGAACAUGAUUUAGGUGUAGAGAUUGAUCUUAUAAAUAAAGAUACAUAUGCUGGAGAUGUGAAUGCUCAAUUAGAUCCUGCUGACGAAAAACUUUUGGAAGAAGAUGUUCUUACUCCACAAGAUUCUAAAAGAUCUCGACAUCAUGCCAGAAGUGUGUCUUGGCUUAGACGUACUGAAUACAUUUCUACAGAACAAACUAGAUUUCAACCACAAACUGUGGAUAAAGUUGAAGCUAAAGUUGGUUAUAGCAUUAAGAAAAAUUUCAAAGAAGAAACAUUAUAUAUGGACCGUGAAAGUCAAAUAAAAGCAAUAGAAAAAACAUUUGAAGACAAUAAAAAGUCCAUUGAAAGACACUACAGUAAGCCAAAUGUAGUACCUGUAGAAAUUUUGCCAGUAUUUCCAGAUUUCAAGCUAUGGAAAUAUCCUUGCGCACAAGUUAUAUUUGAUUCAGAUCCAGCACCAACUGGACGUUCUGUGCCAGCUCAAAUUGAAGAAAUGUCACAAGCUAUGAUUCGGGGUGUAAUGGAUGAAAGCGGUGAACAAUUUGUAGCAUACUUUUUACCUUUAGAAGAGACAUUAGAAAAGCGUAGGAGAGAUUUUGCAGCUGGUAUUGACUAUGCAGAUGAUGAUGAGUACGAGUAUAAGAUGGCUAGAGAAUAUAAUUGGAAUGUCAAGAGUAAAGCUUCAAAAGGAUACGAGGAAAAUUAUUUCCUUGUCAUAAGACAAGAUGGGGUGUAUUAUAAUGAAUUGGAAACGAGAGUACGACUUAGUAAACGUCGUCAAAAAGUUGGACAACAACCAAAUAACACGAGAUUAAUAGUAAGACAUCGACCACUUAAUGCUAAUGAAUUCAAAAUGCAAAGAUAUAGGGAGAAACAGUUAGAACCACCAGGAGAAGAAGAUGAAGAUGAAGAAGAGGAGGAGGAAGAAGAAGAAGAAGAACCUCAACAAGAAGCUGAGAAAGCAGAAGAUAGAGGUUCUGAAAAUGAAGCCGAAUCUAGAGCAUCGUCAAGAGCAUCUUCCCGAGCAUCAUCAAAAGCAUCAUCCCGAGCAUCUAGUAAAAAAUCCCGCUCUCGUUCGAAAUCUCGUUCUAGAUCGAAAUCUCGUUCUGCAUCACCGUCAAAGUCUAGAUCUGCUUCGUGUUCACCUUCUGAAUCCCAGUCUCCUAGGUCGCACAGUAAAUCAAGGUCAAGAUCUGGUACUCCUCAAUCCAGAAACUCUUCUAAAUCAAGAUCCCAAUCAAAAUCACCUUCAAGGUCACGAUCCGGAUCUCCGGCUAAAUCUCGUUCUGGAUCUCCAACUAAAUCUCGAUCUGAAUCUCCAGCUAAAUCUCGGUCUGGUUCACCUUCAAGUUCAAAAUCUAGAUCGAAGUCGAGAUCUCCAUCUCGAUCUCGAUCAGCUAGUGGCAGUGAUAGCGAAUCUGGUAGUGGCAGUGGUGAAAGUGGUUCUGAGAGUGAAUGAAUAAUAAUAAUAAGAAAAAUAAUAAUAAUAAUAAUAA